GGUGCCUUCGUGAUGCACGUGGCCAGCUCCUGCCCGCUGGCGGCCACCACCGGCUCGGGGCUGGGUUUCGAGUUCACCAUCGUCUUCAACAAGAACCCCCUGGUUUGUUACGACCCCGACGCCAAAAAAUUCGACCCCUGCGACCGGGGGCUCCUCCGCGACGUCGCCAUCAUCGUCGCCUUCGGCCUCAACAACGACACCGCCUGGGUGGAGCGCGCCGAGGGCCGGCGCCGAGCGUGUCACCAACUGGGCACCCACCUCUGGGCCACCACCGGGCUGCGGCGGACCCCCCCCCAGGUCCGUGUUGUCCCCGAGCCCCUCGGUGACACCGACGUCGUGCUCCUCACCUGCCACGUCUGGGGCUUCUACCCCCCCCCGGUCACCGUCCUCUGGUGGCACCGGGGACACGUGGUGGCCACGGGGGACAAGGCCAAGCUCCUGCCCAGCGGCAACUGGACCUUCCAGACCCAGGUGACCCUGAAGGUCACCCCCAAAGUUGGGGACACCUUCACCUGCUCCGUGCAACACGCCAGCCUGGACCGGCCCCUCCAGGAGCACUGGAGUCCCGACCUGACGGUGAAGGUGGCGUUGGCGGCGGUGACAAUGACACUGGGGCUGGGGAUCUUCGUCACCGGCACCUUCAUCUACUGCCACCAGGCCCCGGGUCCUGGUCCCAGUCCUAAAACUGGUCCUCGUCCCAGUCCUGCUGCUGGUCCCAGUACUGGUCCUGGUCCUGGUCCCAGUCCAGGUUCUGGUCGUGGUCCUGGUGCUGGUCCCAGUCUUGGUCCUGGAUCUGGUCGUGGUCCCAGUCCUGGUCCCAGUCUUGGUCCUGGUCCCAUUCUUGGUCCUGGUUGUGGUCCUGGUCCAGGUGCUGGUCCCAGUCUUGGUCCUGGAUCUGGUCCUGGUCCUGGUGCUGGUCCCAGUCCAAGUUCUGGUUGUGGUCGUGGUCCUGGUGCUGGUCCCAGUCCUAGUUCUGGUCCUGGUCUCAGUCCUGCUCCCAGUACUGGUCCCAGUCCUGGUGCUGGUCCAGGCCCUCAUCUCCAUCCUGCUCCUGGUCCCAGUCUUGGUCCUGGAUCUGGUCCUGGUUCCAGUCCUGGUCCCAUUCUUGGUCCUGUCCUGGUGCUGGUCCCAGUCCUGGUGCUGGUCCCAGUCCUGGUGCUGGUCCCCGUACUGGUCCCCAUCCUGGUCCCUCCGUGGCCACCUCAGGCCGCGCAGUGA